ACAUGCAUUGUGUAAGAUAGCCUAAUCGACCAACUUUUUGUUCAUCGAAAAAAAAAAUUCAAGAGCUUUUCCAUCUCUCUUCCUCCACACUGCAGUCGAUCUGAGAAACUGAACACGAUCUUGGAGCAUCCAAAUUUCAACGAGCUUCAAUAUUUUCUCAGAUCCGAACCAGAAGAAACUAUGGCAUAUGCUUAUUCUCAACCUUGAAAAGUUCAUUGCUCUAGCCAUUUUAUAGGUCUGUAAUAGCUUCAAUCUCUGAUAUUGUGAUGUUAUUUCCGAUUUUGCUUGAACUUCAUGUUUAUUUUGCUGCGAUUGUGUUGCGUUUUCUUGUUUGCUAUGGAUUUCAAGGAAUUUAGUUUUUUUUUUACUUGUACGAUUAUGUGUUGUGAGAUUAGGGUUUUGAGGGAUCGAUCUUCGAGGAUUUGAGCGGAAUUAGGAUUUCACAUUGGUUUUAUAUGUUUUAGAGUACAAAGGUAAUUGAGGAACUAGUCAAAAUAUGAUUAAAUUUGGUUUAUUUGUCUAUUUCUUCAGCGAAAUUGGGUCUAUGUAAAUGCAAGAACUAUUGUUGUAAUGUGAUUAGUCAUGCUUGACUUUGUUAGUUUCUUUGUUUGAUUUGAAGUCUACUGAUUCCGUAUUGCUACUGGUUCUACAAAUGUUGGAUUUGUACCCAGCUUGAAUCAAAUGGAACUGUCUUGUUGUAUUCUCUAAUGGUGUAAUGAGUCUGAGUGCUACAUUGAAAAAAAAUCUGUGUUCUUUGAUAAUUUACAGGUUCUCCGAAUUUGGAGGUCCAGUUCACGAGCGACCUGUUGAAGAUUUGGCUUUUGCAGUUGCCCGUUUCAUACAAAGCGGUGGUUCAUACAUUUACUAUUACAUGUACCAUGGUGGAACCAACUUUAAACGAACAGCUGGCGUACCAUUCGUUACAACUAGUUAUGAUUAUGAUGCCCCAAUUGAUGAAUAUGGUGUUUGGUGUUGUUUUCAGCUGCACAGGUGCUGCUUCUUGCUGUUGCAGGGUGUGGGUUGUGCUCCUGAUGUGUGCAGGCUGUUCUGCAGGGAGUCCAGGUGCGUGCUGCAGUCAGGUCUACAGGGAGUGUGGUGUUCGAUUGCUGCUGUGUGUAAUCUUAUGUUGCGUACCCUUUUAUUGCAUUUGUUGUGUUUGGUUGUUAGGGAGUGGUCUGUACUCCUCUAACUUUUUCUGCUGUUUCAUUUAGAUACUUUUGUUCAUACCUUUUGGUAUUAAAUUUGUGUUUUGGAGAUAUAUA